AUGGAUAGAAAACGUCCAAGAAAGUUAGACUUAAACGCACCCCUUUUAUCCACAAGGCGUUCAGUUGUUGGAGACUCAUCUUAUUACUCAACAAGUUCAGUAUCUGCAAUCCAAAAUACAAGUGAAAGAGUUCCGUUUUCAUGGGAGAAAGCGCCAGGUAAGCCAAAAGUCACAGAGAGAAAUAGCAACGCUCAAGAUGGUGGCACGCCACGCCUAAGACUACCACCUAGCAAAUGGCUUCUUUCAAAAGAAGCAUCUGAAACGGAUGUUGAUGAUGCUAAUGAUGCAUUCUCAGAUGCUAUGGAUGUUUUCUCUCUAUCAGAGGCAUUAGAUUAUGUGCAAAGGAAAUCAGAGAAUGUUCAUAGUGAAAAGAAUGAAGGGUUGAGGCUAAAGCUUGCAGAGUCUAAUGGAUACCAAUCUCCAACCUAUAUGAUCAAUCGCUUUCUUCCUGAUGCAACUGCUUUGGCUGCAUCAUCUGCUUUACAUUUUUCUGGGAACUUUGAAGACAAAGAUUGUGAUACUUGUGGAAGUUAUCCACAGUGUUAUACAAGGCAUUCGUAUGCUUCUUCUCCAAAGGGUUGCGGCUUGGAACUUCUGUUUCCAUGGCGUAUGAAGCAUAAGCUUUGUGCUAUGGAGAGCCCUGUGUUGCCAUGCUCCACUAAUCUGCACAAGCAUCAACGUAGCUCAAAACAGAAGAAGCAUGGUUCAUCGAUUAAUUAUAUUCCUUGUACAAACGUGAAAGAAGAUAUUUGA